AGGCCGCGGCGGGGGAGCGGAGCGGAGGACAGAAGGAAGGAGCAGCCCGCCGGGCAGCCAAGGGAGAAGAAGAAGACGCGAGCGGCCGGCGGGGCGGGGCCCUGGGCAGCCAAUGGGAAGGGCUUGUGAGCAGUGGGCGUGGCGCCGGAGGCUCGCCCAAGGCGGAGCCGGCUGGAGGAUGGUGGGCGCGGCUUGGAGGCAGCCAAUGAAGAGGCUGGGAGGCGGUGGGCGUGUCCCGUUCCCCCCCCCCGCUGGUGGGCGGGGCCUCGAACCCCGGGGGCUGCCCGCGCGCGGUCCUGGAAGAGGAGAGGCGGGAUCCGGAUCAGGCUGCUCGUGAGAGUCCACCAUGGCUGCAUCCCUGCGAUGUCUCCGGCAGGGGCCCGUCCUGCUCCGCUACUCUGCCUUGGGGAUUGCCAGGUCACUGCUGCCACCUCCUCCUCCUCAGGCCCCUCUGAAGUUUGGGGCCCCGAUUCUGCAGGGCUGCAAGGAAAAUGGGUUCCCUCAAGCUCUACAGACCAGGCACCUUGCUACCAAGAAAGCCAAAACCAAAGGGAAAAGCCAGGCCCGCGUGAACCUCAACGCCUCUUUAGUGGAGGACAUCGUCAACUUGGAAGAGGUCCAGGAGGAGAUGCGCUCUGUGCUCCAAGGCCUACAGGAGGAUUUCGGCAAAAGCCUGAGCAUCCGGACCUCCCCAGGCGCGCUCGAUCACAUAACGGUCGUGACCAAGGAGGGGAAGUUUCCUCUGAACCAGCUCGGGCAAAUCUCCAUGAAGUCUCCACAGCUCCUGGUCGUCAACAUGAGCAACUUCCCGGAAAGCUCAGCUGCGGCUAUCAAGGCUAUCCAAGAGAGCGGGAUGAACCUGAACCCGGAAGCCGAGGGCUCGAUCAUUCGGGUGCCCGUCCCCAAAGUCACCCGCGAGCACAGAGAGAGCCUGGCCACGCUAGCCAAACAGCUGACCCAUAAAGCCAAGGAGUCCCUGCGGAAGGUGAGGGCCGGGGCCAUCAACCGGACGAAGAAGGCCAAGGGCACCGUGUCAGAGGACACCAUCCGGCUGAUAGAGAAACAGAUCCAGCAGAUGGCAGACGACACGGCGGCCGAGAUGGAAAAGCUGCUGGCGGUGAAGACCAAGGAGCUGCUUGGGUAGCCCUACCCGCCAGGCGGAAGAGCGAGGCUGGCUGCAGGGAGGCCGAUGCGGACUCUCUGCCGCCUUCCCCUGCCCCUCUGGACGGCCGCAGCUCCCUACAGGCACCCCCUUGUGACAGUGCUGGGCCCCCACCGUAGGCGAGUGAGAGAGUCCCUCGAUCAAGGCACGGUCCUGGAUGAGCCGGCUGGCUCUGGCCAGUGAGAGGGGAGGCCGUUUGCUUCUGCUCUCGCCAGGCUGGUUAUCUGGGCAGCCUCCAGAGCUCCUGGGAAGGGGGCCGACCCCGCCGGUGCUCGAAGAAAGAGAGGCAGAGGAGAACUGGGCCCUCGGCUGCCGCCGUUGGAGCCAGCGGCCCACCUGGUCGUCCUCUCCAGUUUAUUUUUGUGGUGUGAUCUCUGUGCUGGGCAAGGACUGGAAUAAAGCUCGGUUGGUCUC